AUGUUAUUAGAACGUGCGCAUCCAGACGUAGCUCUUCCUUUAGUCCUUCAUUAUGAAGCCACUGAUGUACUUGCUUCAAUACGCGUGCUUGUCAUUGGUGAUGUACAUGGUUGUUAUGAUGAAUUACAAUUACUGCUUCAAGUCUGUCAAUACUCUUCACCCAAUGACCGUCUAGUGUUCGUAGGAGACCUAGUUAAUAAAGGUCCCAAGUCGCUGGAAGUUGUGCGCUUUGUACGUGACUCUGGCUCGCUCUGUGUACGUGGAAACCACGAAGAUGCUGCUUUGAGUGCGUACUACAAUUGGGUACAUGGUGGACGCGUCCCUGGUACAGCCAAGUAUCCGUACGUGGAGCUCAUGGAAACCGACGAUGUCGAAUUCCUCGAGCAACUGCCAUUUUCACUGUCGUUGCCACAUCACAAUAAUGUCAUUGUGGUACAUGCUGGAGUAGUGCCAGAGGUGGAGAUAAAGGACCAACGACCUUUUGACUUGUACAAGAUACGCUUGGUGCAACGUGAGAAAGCAGAGGAUGAGAAGUCAAAGUGGAAACCACUAGAGAAGGAGAAAUUCAAGAGUAAAGAGGGUGGGAAACCCAAGAGAUGGGCCGAGAUGUGGAGCGGACCCAGGCACGUGUACUUUGGACAUGCAGCGGGUGCUGGGCUUCAGCAAGAGAGCUUUGCUACAGGUUUGGACACAGGCUGCUGCUAUGGACGGAAGCUCACGGCGUGUAUCAUUCCGUUGAACAAAUUCAUGCAGGUUCAUGCAAAGAAACAGUACGAAGUGCUGAGUGGCGACAAGAACUGA